GCCCUUCUCACCCACGCGCCAGAGUCGCAGUGGGCGGGCCUACGUGCUCCGCCCGCUGUGCGCCUGUCCGGCCCCCGCUAGCUCCGGAGUAACCGGCGAGCUCACACCGGCUUCUCUGCCCUCAGCCUGCGCGCCGCCAUCGCCGUCAUGCUGGGCGCCGCUCUCCGCCGCUGCGCUGUGGCCGCCACCACCUGGGCCGGCCCUCGAGGCCUGCUGCACUCCGCCCGGACCCCCGGCCCCGCCGCGGCUAUCCAGUCAGUUCGCUGCUAUUCUCAUGGGUCACAUGAGACAGAUGAGGAGUUUGAUGCUCGCUGGGUAACAUACUUCAACAAGCCAGAUAUAGAUGCCUGGGAAUUGCGUAAAGGGAUAAACACACUUGUUACCUAUGAUCUGGUUCCAGAGCCCAAAAUCAUUGAUGCUGCUUUGCGGGCAUGCAGACGGUUAAAUGAUUUUGCUAGUACAGUUCGUAUCCUAGAGGCUGUUAAGGACAAAGCAGGACCUCAUAAGGAAAUCUACCCCUAUGUCAUCCAGGAACUUAGACCAACUUUAAAUGAACUGGGAAUCUCCACUCUGGAGGAACUGGGCCUUGACAAAGUGUAAACCCCAUGGAUGGGCUUCCCCACGGAUUUAUUGACACUGCUACUUGAGUGUGAACAGUUACCUGGAAAUACUGAUGAUAACAUAUUACCUUAUUUGAACAAGUUUUCCUUUAUUGAGUACCAAGCCAUGUAAUGGUAACUUGGACUUUAAUAAAAGGGAAAUGAGUUUGAACUGAAA